ACAUACCAAUAUUAAUGAUGAUUUUCCUUGAGACGAAAAGUGUUGGUGACAUCAAGCUUGGAGAUUUGAUUCAACUUCGAAGAAUGAAAGGAUUGUUCGCUCAUUGGGCGGUCUAUGUCGGUGACGGCGAUGUCAUUCAUCUUGCUCCGCCACCAUCUAAAAUGGAACUGUGUUCUGUCAUAGCGUCUAGCAGUGGUGUUACUACCAUCAGCGGAGAAGAAAUUGACAUGUGGCUUUUUGGCAGUAUCAAGGUGCGUAGGGACAAGUUAACAGUCGUGGCGAAGGGAUCGGCAAUUGUUGUGAACAACGAGUGCGACUCUGACCCAGGGAUGACCCCAUUCCCAGGCGAGAUAAUAGUGAAGCGUGCGGAAUCAAAGCUUGGAACGAAUGACUAUAAUCUCCUCACAUGGAACUGUGAACACUUUGCCACAUGGUGUAGGUAUGGUAAAGCAGUAUGUAAACAGCUGCCAUUCGGUCAGGGCUUGUCAAACGUCGCGUACUUGGUGAAGUCACCGGGUAUCGAAGUCAUUCCACCUUGGACACUUCCUGACGACAUUGUUGUUAAAGCUAUGGCAUUUAGCUCCCGUUUGCGCCAGGACCUGAAAUCUCUUGAUGAAGGACAACCGAUUAAAUUUACAGCUGACCUGAACGAAGGAAAAGUCUACAGCAAUCACACUGGAACUUUCACCGCCCCACUAGAUGGACUGUAUAGGCUUUCGUUCUCUGUCGCUCACAGAAACCCUGGAAAACCGAUUUCCGUCUAUCUGAAGAUCAACGACAUAGAAAAUGUUGGUGCAACCACAGAUAAAGCUGCUCCGGGACUAUGUUCGCAAGCCAGCAACCACGCGGUCGUCAAAAUGAUGGCUGGAGAUACCGCCCAAGUCGUUAUCAGUAACCAUGAGGCAGAAGACAUAGCUGCAGCUGGUUUCACUUCAUUUUCAGGCUUUCUCUUGCAAAAUAAUUAAAAAGAGAAAACGACAGAAAAAAAAAAAAGAAUCAACCAAUGAAAGUAUGCUUUAUCGACUUCGCUUGCUUAUCAUUAUAGCCGGACGUUAAUUCACUUGACUUUUUCACUAAAUACAAAACGUGUGCAAGAUAGACAAGGCUGUACGAAAAGUUAAGGAAAAUCAGGUUUAACCAGUCUGAACGUGUUUAAUGUUUCCCUUUUGGAGAUUAGUUUAUGAAAGUUAGAUUUAACCAGUGUGAACAUGUAAUGUGUUUAAAAGCUAAGUUACCAACCUGUACAUCUUAAAUAGUUCUCUUUGGAAGACAUGAACAUCACAAAUAUUAUUAUUGAGAACGGUCAAUUUCAUUUAUACCAGUGAACGAUUUUUUUUUAAAUUCUGAACGUUAUUACAUCAGAACGAUUUAUAAAAGCACUGCUUAUCUUUUCUCUUUUCAUAUUGAUAUGAAUCUCUUAUGAUUUUCUA